CAGCCCUCUGUGCAUAACGAAAAAAUGGCUCCAUCAACAGAGUGGGGGGUUCCUGCUGCUGAAAAACAGGCAGAAUUACAGCGAUCUCAAAUCCGUUCAAAGAUUAGAAAUGACUAUCAGAGGAAGAUAAACAAUCCAAGACACACGGGGUCUUUGAUUGAUCCUGCAUACUUCCGAUGGAACUACGCCAGGCAUAACUCCUAUGCUUACUUCAAGGCUACUAAACUAACGUCUAUAACAGGAGCUAUCAUGGGCAUAGCAAUCCCAGCAGGACUCAUCUACUUCUUCUACAGACACAGGAAAUACACACAGGAGAUGUACGACUCUGGACAGUGGGCGAAACCAAGGAAUCUAGUCAAUGGAUGAUGUCACUACCAAGAUUACAUCAUGAACUAUAAAUAGAGUUUAUUGAAAUCUACAAGCCCAGAGUGAUACGUUUACUUGCAACCAGUCAACUUACAAUUUCAUCUGUCCAGAAGAUCACCUGAGUUUAGGUAUCGCGUCCACGCCAUAAUGAUCCAUCAGGAUAAGACAUCUUAAUUGGAAUGAUGUCCCAUGUCAAAAUAGUCUACUCUGAUUUUAAAAAUGUUUAUUUCAUGAUGUUUUGUAAGGAGAAUGACACUUUAUUAUUCAUCUGGAGACGCUUCAAAGACACCAGCAAGAUUGAAGAACCCCUAACACAUCUUUAGAUGAUGAUAUUAUCUAAACCAUAAAAUAUUUUCUGAGCUUGCUGAUGAUAUGUUGUGUGUGUAUUGAAUAGAUAUAAGCUUUGAAAUCAA